AUGGCAGAAACUUCAAAAACCAGUGAUCAAAUUCAUGCGAAACUUCCAAUCUUUGACGACAACAAUCAUGAAAGAUGGACAACGCAAAUGAAGGUUGUCUUUAGGUAUCAAGGUGUUCUAGAUGUCAUUCGCAGUGGAGUGACACCGCUUGACGCAGCACCAACAGAGGCGGCGAGGGAAACUCACCGUGAACAAAUGAAGAAAGACGACAAGGCGAUAUACUUCCUCCAUCAAUGUGUAGAUUCAAAUGUCUUGGAAAAGAUAAUUGAAUAUGAGACGGCCAAAGAAGCUUUGGAUGUUCUUGCAACCACUUCCGCCGACGAUAGACAAACCAAGAAGGUGAAAUUGAUGGCUUUAAGGCGUCAAUUAGGUCGAUUGCAAAUGGAACCAAAUGAGACAGUAGCGCAAUUCGUGAACAGGUUAACUGUACUAACCAACCAGAUGAAGAGUUGUGGUGAAGCAGUUACUGAUGCAAUGAAGGUUGAAAAAGUUAUCACGGGUUUAACACCCAAAUUUGAUAAUUUAGUUGCUGCAAUUGAACAAUCUAAGGACCUAGACACGUUGAAAUUGGAACAAUUAAUAGGUUCUUUAGAAGCUCACGAAUUGAAAUUGAAGAAUAGAGAUGGUGUCAAGAAAGAUGAGAAAGAAACUGAGAAGACAUUGUUUACAGAAUCUCAGAAAAAAGGAAGUGGUAGUAAUGAAUCUUGGAAGAGGAAAGGUAAAGGAAAAUGGAAGAGUAACAAGAAUGAGGGUGGAAAUUCUAAGCAAGAAUCUCAGAAGAAAGGAGAUGAGAGUGAUGGCAAAGGAAAGAAGAAAUCCAAGGAACACAUUCAAUGCUAUAACUGUAAAAAAUGGGGUUACUUUGUAGAUGAAUGUGUGAAUUCUAAGGUGCCUAGGAAGAAAAAUGAAGAGGCACAGUUAGCUCGUGACUCAGAUGAAUAA